AUGGACAACUCUGGCCAGGGAUCACUUACAUACUCAACAAACCAUCUACUUUUCAUGGAUGACUUAAAAAUAUUCUCGAAGAAAGAAGAUACGUUGAUAAAAAUGAUGAAUGAUGUUAAUCUUUUUUCCGAGGCUGCUGGACUAGAGAAAAAUGUGGAAAAGUCAGCUACUAACGUGCAGUGCUUGUCUUCCGAGGCAAAACUACUUGAUGGACUUGAUAGCUACCGAUACCUGGGAGUGCUCGAAGAUAAAAUGAGUAACAUACUGAAAAGCGAUGUGCUAAAAUCAAUCUUUGAUGAGAUGAAGAAACGAAUUAACAAUCUGGCCACUACAAAACUUAACUCUGGGAAUCUAUUCAAAUCCAUCAAUGAACAUGCAUUGUCUCUUUAUAAUUAUUAUAUUGGACUUAUUGAUAUCGACCCAACCGAAUUUGAGGUUAUUGACAAGAAAAUCAGAGGAAUUCUAAUACAGAAUAAGAUUCACCUGAAGCCGGCGAACAAAGAAAGAUUAUACCUACCCAGGAAUUGUCUUGGAGAGGGCUCGUAUCUAUAA